UCAUUAUAAAAAAUGAACGCGUCGCGUGUACUUUUCGCAUUCUUCUCGUGGAACUGCCGACACCGAAGCAGCUGAAAAGAACGCACAUAAACUAUACGCUAUCAUAGCUAAAGAUUAAAGUAAACGCGGUGUAUCAUCAUAUAUUCUCGUAGAGGUAUUUUUACAUCUAAAUCCAUCAUACGGAAGUCCUCGCGUCACUGAAGCAAUAUUUUGUUAUAUAUAAUACUCACACGGUUUCACCAUCGACGUCCAAAAUGUUCAACAAAAUAUCCAUUAACCAUCUAAAACUGUUUUUCACGACUAGUGUCAUGUCGUUUCAACAGUUCGUCAUUGGUGGAGUAUUUGGAUUUUCCGCCGUUAUACUGCCACAACUUGAACUACCCAGUGCUCUAAUCAAAGUCGAUGGUGACCAAGCGUCCUGGAUAGCAAGUUUUCCGCUCUUGUUAUGCCCCAUUGGUUCACUGGUGUUUGGCUAUUUAUCCGAUAGAUUCGGCCGGAAGCUAUCGUUACAACUUACGUACGUACCGUUGAUUAUCAGCUGGUCGCUGCUCAGCCACGCCGAGUGUUUGCAAGACAUUUACAUUGGCAGACUGAUUACCGGACUGUCUACCGGUACCGGCGGCGUGAUCUACGUGUACAUAGCCGAGACGAGCCCGACGGACUGCCGGUCGUUCUUCCUGUUGAUCUACACGCUGUUCGUAGGACUGGGCUUGAUGACGUCCGCGAUUUUGGGCGCACUGUUCCAUUGGCGCACGGUGGCCGCCGUGUUCGCCGUGAUGUGCGCCGUCGGUUUCGUCGCGCCGUUCUUCGUGCCGUCCACGCCGAUGUGGCUGCGGUCCCGCGGCCGGAACGAGGAGGCCCGUAAGGUCGAGAAGUGGUUCGGGUUCGAACCGGACCGCAUCGACGACCUGCCCACGCUGCCGCCACCGCCUUGCGCGGCCGCGGCCAUGGCCACGCUUAGCCGGGCCGACUCGACCGUAGGCGCGAUCAUGGAAAAGAACGUGAGCUGCUGGGCCUUGUACACAGGGCCCACCGUCUGGAAGCCCACGCUCGCCGCGCUCGCGUUCUUCUGCUGUCAGCAGGCCUCCGGGUUCUACGUGUUGCUGUUCUACUCGGUGGACGUGAUGCGCGACUGUCGCGUGUCCAUCGACGGCAUGACCGCCGCCGUGUACUUGUGCGCCGCCCGACUGGCCGGCACCGUCAUCAGCCUCUUGUUCCAGUCGGCCACCAAGCGCACGCUCACCGCUUUCUCGGGCCUGGGCAUGUGCGUGUCCAUGUCCGCCGUGGUCGGUUACCUGUACGCGUACAGCGACGUGCCCGACCCGCCGGCCACCGAUUUUCUGAUCGUGCCGUUCCUGUUCUACGUGUUCUUCGCCAUGUUCGGCGUGCUGCCGUUACCGUGGAGCGUGUGCGGCGAGAUGUUCCCGAUGGCCGUCAAGGGCACCAUGAACGGCAUUAUGUACUCAUGCGGUUACGAACUCAUGUUCGCCGCUAUCAAGGUGUACCCGAUGCUGGUGGACGCUUUCGGCAUCCGGGCUGUGUGGACCGCGUCCGCGUGCACGUGCUUCAUCACCUCGCUGUUCGGAGCGUUCGUCCUGCCCGAGACCACCGGAAAGACGCUAAACGAGAUUGUCGACGGGUUCAGAUCGUCCAGCGACAAAGCUCGCAACAAAAAACCCGCCAAACCUCAAAUACCCUAAACCCGACCGCACACCGUCCCAAACCCCGUUUCAAAGUUAUUUAUUUGUCGUCGUCUACCUCGUAGUUGGGUUGGUUACGUGUUGGUAUCAAAAAAAAUAAAGCCGGGUUCACAGUUAGGUACGUCGUCUGUUGUGUUGUGUCCGAGAGUUGAGCUUGGUCCAAAUUACGGUUGAUCGUGGUUAAUAAUUACAACGGCUAAUUAUAAUACGAUACAUGGGACAUGGCAUGACAGACGACGUAGCUGAAAAUCAGACAUAAUAGUGUUCGAAACGUAUUCAUAAUGCCUAUAUACUAUCAUACUGUAUAUUGUAAAUAAUUAGAUUUAUGAUAUUAUAUUUUCCUAUCCGAGACCGGUGAGGUCAAGUGACAAGUAUACAUAAUAUAACGUAUUGUACUUUAUACGACACUCACAUACUUUCCACACAUGACUCAUAAAGUCAUAAUAUGACAUAAGUCGGUUGUUUCGGAGUAUCAAUAUUAUAUUGACCCAUUUUCACAACAAUUUAAUGUAAUAAUAAUAGUACUGUAAAUCUAUCAUAAUAUAUCAGUGUAAAUAUUUACCAUGUAUGUCAUAUAUACCAUUAAGUGUACCUACUAUUAUACGACCAAUCAGACAACUAAAAUACGAUACUUUUAUAAGUUCGAUGAAGUGCUGAUCACUAUCACAUAAUUAUAAUUAUUGAAAAAUUGUAUAUUUCUUGUAAAAACUGUAUAAUUGUAAAAGAAGAUAUUUCCUUAUGUAUAAAUAUACUUUUAAAGUUAGUAAUAUUGUAAAAUUGUACCCAUUGAAGCAGUUAAUAAGAAUAAAUAAUGUUUUUUUUCUUUAAGUGUACCUACGUAUUUUUUGUAGUAGGUAUAAUGUAUGUUUGUGUAAAAAAUGGGACACGUGCAUUGUUUAAUAAUCGAAUAUUAAAUAUUAUUUAUUAAUGCAAUUAAUAUUUUUUAUGUAAAUUGUAGCUUUUAACGAAACAUAAUAUAUUUAUACAUACUGUAAUAUAUUUACUAUGAAUUUA